UAGUACGGGAGUGCCCACUGGAUUCCGUGCUUUCAACUAAUCAGACGUUUCUCUACCUGUCCUAUCUCCCAACCGCUGGCUGCAUCCCCGUUCGCCUCCUCACGAGUGUUUCCCCCGUGGAAAGCCGUUGCCAUUUUACCUAUGCGCCAGACUUUUCUUUUUGGUAUUUUAAAUCACUCAUAAUCCGAGCUGCAGUGAUAUUCUUUUCCUCCUUGUCUUUUAUAAUCCUCUUGCUGCCCCUUGUUUGGAAUUGCCUGACACCAGAAGGACCGUGGAUGAGCUGCUUUUGCACAAACCGGAGAUGGAAUUGCUGAUAAUAUGCCUUUCCUUUGGGAUAUUGCAAUGCUAUUCUGCAAGCGCGGACUCAAUCAUUCACAUCGGUGCCAUUUUCGAGGAGAACGCCGAAAGGGAUGUCGAAGUGUUUCAGCUGGCCGUGUCUGACCUCAGUCUCAACGAUGACAUUUUACAGAGCGAGAAAAUCACACACUCCAUCAAGUACAUUGAGCCCAACAACCCCUUCCAGGCGGUCCAAGAAGCCUGUGAGUUGAUGACCCAGGGGAUUCUGGCUCUGGUGACGUCCACAGGCUGUGCGUCAGCGAGCGCGCUGCAGUCCCUGACGGACGCCAUGCACAUCCCGCACCUGUACGUCCAGCGCGAGGACGAGGGUUCUCCGCGCACCGCCUGCCCGUUCAACCCCUCGCCCGACGGAGAACGCUACACCCUCGCCGCCAGGCCCCCCGUGCGCCUCAACGACGUCAUGCUUACGCUUGUCACCGAGCUGCGCUGGCAGAAGUUCAUCAUCUUCUACGACAGCGACUACGACAUCCGCGGUCUGCAAGGUUUCCUGGACCAGACGUCGCGGCGCGGUCUGGACGUGUCUCUGCAGCGCGUGGACCGCAACAUCAGCGGCGUCUUCUCCAGCCUGUUCACCAGCAUGCGCACAGAGGAGCUCAACCGUUACCGGGACACCCUCCGACGCGCCAUCCUGCUGCUCAGCCCCCACGGAGCGCAGGUCUUCAUCCACCAGGCGGUGGAGACCAAUCUGGCAUCGAAGGACAGUCACUGGGUGUUUGUGAAUGAGGAGAUCAGUGAUGCCGAGAUCAUGGAGCUCAGUCACAGCUCCCUGGGCCGCAUGACGGUCAUUCGCCAGGUCUUCCCCCUGUGGAAGGACAGCAACGCCAACUGCAUGUGGAACAACCACCGCAUCUCCUCCCGUCUCUGCGACCCCCAGGAGGGCUACGUUCAGUCUCUGGAGGCCUCUAGUCUGUACCUGUAUGACAGUGUGCUGAUGCUAGCCAAUGCAUUCUACCGCAAGCUGGAGGACCGCAAGUGGCACAGCAUGGCCAGCCUGAACUGCAUCAAGAAGUCCACUAAGCCCUGGAACGGAGGAUGGUCCAUGCUGGAGACCAUUCAGAAGGGUCAGAUAGUCGGUCUGACGGGCACGAUGGACUUCAAGGACAACGGCUCCAAUUCGCAUGUCCAGUUUGAGAUUCUGGGCACCAGCUUCAGUGAGACAUUCGGAAAAGAUGUGAAAAGGCUGGCUACGUGGGACUCUGUCAGUGGCCUCAACGGCAGCUUGAAGGAAAGCCGCAUUGAAAAUGGCAUGCAAGGAGUGACCGUCAAAGUGGUGACCGUGCUGGAGGAUCCCUUUGUGAUGGUGGCAGAGAACAUUCUGGGGCAGCCAAAAAGAUACAAGGGCUUCUCGAUUGACGUCCUUGACGCCUUGGCUAAGAUCCUGGGCUUCAAGUAUGAAAUCUACCAAGUGUCUGAUGGCAAGUACGGGUCCCAGAUGCCCAAUGGAACCUGGAACGGCAUGAUUGGGGAACUUAUUAACAAGCGAGCGGACCUGGCGGUGUCGGCCAUCACCAUCACGCCCGAGCGGGAGAACGUGGUGGACUUCAGCAAGCGCUACAUGGACUACUCAGUGGGAAUCCUGCUGCGGAAGCCUGAGGAGAAGAUCAACAUAUUCUCGCUUUUCGCACCCUUUGACCUGGCCGUGUGGGCCUGCAUCGCGGCCGCCAUCCCUGUGGUCGGGGUGCUCAUCUUCCUGCUGGCCCGCGUCCAGUCCCUACGGAGCCAGAACCCGCCGCCACCCCCACACCAGCAGGUGUCCACGGUGUCCAGCUCCCUGCACAGCGCCAUCUGGGUGGUCUACGGGGCGUUCGUACAGCAAGGGCCACCAUCCCCGCCACACGAGGCCGAGUUAGGGGGCAGGGUCAAGGUCAAGGUCAAGGUCAGAGUCAAGGGGACAGUUCCGGUCUGCAUACACACUUUCCAGGACCUGGCGAGGCAGGUGGACCUGGCGUACGGUACAGUGCGAGACUCGGCCGUAUAUGACUACUUCAAAGCCAAAGGCACCAACCCGUUGGAACAGGACAGCACCUACGCCGAGCUGUGGAGGACCAUCAGCAAGAACGAUGGACAGGACUACUCCGUGUCCAGCCCCUCCGAGGGCAUCCGCAAGGCCAAGAAGGGGCCGUUUGCGUUCCUGUGGGACAAGGCGGUGGUGGAGUACGCCGCCCUGACGGACGACGACUGCAGCGUCACCGUCACGGGCAACAGCCUCAGCAGCAAGGGUUACGGCAUCGCCCUCCAGCACGGGAGCCCGUACCGAGAUCUCUUCUCCCAGAAGAUCCUGGAGCUGCAGGAGAAAGGAGACCUGGACGUGCUGAAGCAGAAGUGGUGGCCGCGGAUGGGCCGCUGCGAGCUGACCGGGCACGCGGGGGGGUCAUCUCCGGACGGACGCUCACUCAAGCUGCACAGCUUCGCCGGCGUCUUCUGCAUCCUGGCGGCCGGCCUGCUGCUGGCGUGCCUGGUGGCCGGCCUGGAGCUCUGGUGGAGCGGCAGCAGCGGCGGCCGGUGCCGGAGCGAGCAGCCCAAAGAGGACAAGGAGGUGAACCUGGAGCAGGUGCACCGGCGUAUGAACAGUCUCUUGGACGAGGACAUGGCGCACAAGCAGCUGAGCGGCCCCUCUAUCGAGAUCUCUGCACUGGGCAUCAGCAGCACCUCCUGCUCAGCCAGCGGCGCCAUCGGGCCGAGCAGCAGCACCACCACCACGCGGCCAUCCAGCCAGCGAGACUACCCGGGCCCGCCGGGAGCCCUCUCUGUGACCACCUUCCUGGGCCCCGAGCAGGCUCAUGGGGUGCUGGGCCGGACGCUGGGGGUCCCGGGGCCUGGCAGCACUCUGCCCCUGCCCCUCAGCAGCAGCAGCAGCACCACUUCCACCCUCCCCUCCUCCAUCCAAUGCAAACACCGGGCGCCCAACGGGGGUCUGUUUCGGCAGAGUCCCGGCAAGACCCCCAUGCCCACGCCAAUGUCCUACCAGGCGAUGGCCGGAGGACACAUCCCCGGAGCCAAUGAGCCGACCCACAGCACGUCCAUCUGAGGACCGUGAAACGAAACCUCCCAAACCCCCCCCCCCCCCACCCCGACCCCUCUGUGUGUGCCCCAUCAUCUCACACACACACACACACACACACACACACACAUAUACACACACACACACACACACACACACACACACACACACACACCACCGCUGUCAUUACCUGGUUUCUCCACCAGGGGGGUUUAGCCCACGUGUGUAUGUGAUGGAUUGUGUAGGUGAGCAAAGAUAGCAAGAACACAGAAAUACAGGAGUAAAUAUAUAUAUAUAUUUAUAUAUAUAUACAUCAAAAAACAUAUUAAGGGAAAGGUAUGGUAAAAAAAUACAUUUUUAUUCCAGAUGACAUUCAAAACGAGAAAUGUAGAGAGCUGAUUUUUCUUGUAUAUAUUUGUAAAUAUAGACCAGAGCUGCGUGCGUAAAGCGUAUUUUGAAUAUUCUCAAUUUUUGAAGUUCAGUUAAAAAAAAAAUUAAAAAGAGAUUAUAAAAAAGUGAUCUAAAAAAUGACUGUUUGAAUGGCUUUGUAAAUUUUGUUCUAUAUGAAGAAAGACGCAAAAUUCAUUGUGAUUGUUUUUUUUAAGUGCCGAAACAGAAGAUGUCUCUCAACAGUUUAUCAUAAGAUUAUAUCACACUACUGGAGCAUAGAGCUUGAUUUCAUGACGUCACGCCUCUUUUAUAAACACUUGUUUUUGUUUGUUUUUUAAUGAUCAAAACAAUGGUGACUGUUCCUUUCCCGGACUGCUUUAGAACGCUAAAACCACUCGUUGCGUUGCUUGUGCGCUUAUUCUUUUGUGGCAGCAACGUUCCCAAGUGGACGAGCUUUAAGAAGAGCUCCAUAGUCACUGACAGUCAUGGGGCUGUGUUCAGGUGCGCGUAAGCUGCACGGGACACGAGGGUUGCGGCGUGUUGAAAUGUCUGUGGUGUUUUGUCUUGUGAGACCAUCUAUUGAGGAGCACAAAUGUCCAGGAGGAGACGUUUCCAUGGCACCCGUCAGAUUUGUGUCCCUGGACAUUUUCUUUUGUUGUUGUUUUUUUUUUUUGGUUAUCAUGUCCUUUAAUUGUAUCAUUCGGGGUGGGAGUGCCCUCAAGCUGGCGGGUCUUAUUUUUUACAUCUCUUUUGAAACUAUAUGGUUAUUAAAAUGACAUAAACUCAUGUACGAAGACGUUAUUUCCUUUUGUACUAAAGGGUUUCUAGACAAAGUAUGAAUAUAAAGAGG